AUGAACAUUAUUACAUUUUCACUGAAUCUUAUUGCCUUGACAUUUGUGUCCUGGGAGCAGCCCCUCUUUUCCUAUGUUAUGAGGUGCAGUGACAAUAACCACCCUUGGGUCAGAAAUAACCAAAUAGGAAAAAAAGUUCAAAGGAUUUUAGAAGCAGAAAGCAAAAAUCCUUUUGAAGAAUGCGGACAAUUAUUUGGACAAGAUGAUGAAGAAAUGGAUAAUUAUGUACAUAUAAUUACAACAUACCCAGUUAAUAUUGUAGAAAAUGAAGAAUUAGAAACAAAUCAAAUGAACAACAACUUUGUUGGUUUGGAAAUGGAUGAUUUAUAUUCUAAAAUAAGUCAAUUAUGGAAUGAUUCAGUUGAAAAUAUGGUAAAUGAAUAUAUUACUUAUACCGAUAGUAAACACAUGGAAGUACCUUGGAGAGAUGAAAUGUGGAAUCAAAGAUGGUAUAGAUAUUUAGAUACUAUACAUGCAGAAUUAAAUAGAGUGUUAUAUGAUGACGCUCUUUCCUUAGAGACUAGGGAGAAUAUUUGUGAAGAUUUGCUUUUGGGUACCGCUAAUGAUUUCAAAUGGUUUUUAAAUAUCGUUAAGGAUGAAUGGGAAAAGAUACAUCCACCUCAGGUGAUAUUUACAGAAGUGUGA